AUGCUAACCCCCGAGGGCAUAACAGCCUAUACAGUCACAUCAGCCUAUACGGACUCAUCAGCCUAUGACACGCCAGCUCCUGAAGACCCGUCAGCCCGUGAGCACACGCCAGCACCCAAGGACACAUCAGACUAUUCGUACACGUCAGCCUACAUGGACAUGCCAGCCCCUGAGGCCCCACGAGCUUCUAAGGACCCGUCAGCCCCUGAGGUCCCGCCAGCUCCUCAGGACACAUCAGACUAUUCGUACACCUCAGCCUACAUGGACAUGCCAGCCCCUGAGGCCCCACAAGCUGCUAAGGACCCGUCAGCCCCUGAGUAUGCGUUAGCCUAUUUUGACACAUCAGUCUGUACAGAUAUGCCAGCCCAAGAGGGCCCCCCAGCUCCUGAGUGCGCCUCAGCCUAUACGGACAUGCCAGCUCCUAGGGACACGUCGGCCCGUGGGGACAAGGACGAGUAUGAAGCUGCUGCAGGACUCAGCCAGGAGCUGGAGGCCUCCACCCAGGCCCUACAGCCAUCCCCAAGCCUCCAGGAGCGAGACUCCAGGCAGGGAUCUGUGAGCCCUGACGCCCAGGCCAAGGAGGAGACGUGCACGGGGAGCGUCCCAGAUGGUGCGCCGGGCUCAGCUACCCCAGAUGCCGAGGCACUGUCCCCCCAGAAUGCAGAGGCUCAGCCCGCCGGGGGCACAGGUGACACAGACAGGCAGCUUGCCACCCAGGCAGCCGGCUCCCCUGGGGAGAAAACAACCCCCCCAUGCGCUGAGCCCCAGGGUGUGCCGGAGGGGACCCUGCAGGCUCAGUCACCCCCUCCCUCCCCAAGGGCCAGCGCCCCUGGCUCUCCUGCCUUCCCCAUGGUGGCCCUGGACAGAAGGCCCAUGGACUCCAGCCUGGACCUGGACAACGAGGAGAUCGACUACAUGCGCUCUGUGACCAGCUUGCUGGGCGGGGGUGAGGGCGCCAUCAGCUCCCUGGCCGACAUCCUGGUGUGGUCGGAGUCUGGCAUGGGCAUGGCCACGGGCUUCCUGGCCUCCGGCCACAGCCACGUCACUGACCUGCUGCACAGAACGGGGCCCAGCCUGCGCUCGGUCUCCAGCAUCCUGGCCCACGCCAGUUCGGCCUUCUCUUCCCGCCUGGUGGGCAGGACGGGCUCGGCCCUGCACUCCGUCACCCACAUGCUGGAGGCGGUAGAGCGGAGGAUGGUGGAGGGCAUCCGCUCUGCCGUGCGCUACCUGACCAGCCGCCUCACCCCACGCCGGGCCCGCGCUUCCCCCAAUGGGGACUAG